AUCAUUGUUUCUUUAAAGGCACGACAAGAAUCUUCUCGCUCGUAUGAGGAAGUCUGCUCCCCAGCUCUGGAAAGAUGUCAGUUCCUGUUCACAGACCUUCACCCAGCGAUGUCCAGUGAGGAAUGCACACUGUCGCGUCUGAGGAUACGGAACACGCGUCCUCGAUGGGCCAGGAUUGUGCAGGGAAUGAUCAGAGAGAAAAAGAAGACGGAAGGGAAAGAAAAGCCUGCAGUGAGAGAAGAAGAUGAUGCUGUCCAUUGUGAUAGUGAUGUCUCAGAAGAAAAAGCUUUGAAGGAGAAAGAGAAUGUGGAGCAAAAGACCAAACAAAAGGUUGAUCACAUAGCUUUGAAUAUGUCGCUGACCAAUGCACGUAAAGUCAAGUGGCUUCGUGAGCGAAUGAUUGGUUCAUCUGCAGAGACACUGUUAAUGAACCACAUCAAGGAGUUUAUUCUACACGACGAGCCGGUUGAUGUCGAGAAACUACGAAAGUGUCUUCACCGGCAGAUGGAGAGAGGUCAGCGCAGAUUGGAAGGCGCAGAAACGUUGUUGUCUCUUGUGUCCAAGGAAUACCUCAUCCCAUCUGUUCGCUACUCGAUCCUGUGUGGUUGGCAAGGUCUAUUAUCAACUCACUCACAAGCUCAGUAA